CUAGGGUUUUCGGCACUGUGUGGGACGAGCGCGCUAGAUAGAGCGGCCAUCGCGCGAGAGGGAGCUGUGUUGGUCUGUCCGCUCUCCAUGAGCUGCGCCGGCGUGCGCUGCGGAGCCGUAGCCUCGGGUGCUCGCCAUGGAUCCGGCUGCCUCGCCCGCCGCGCCGCCAGCGGUGCUGCUCCCGGACGACGAUGAAUGGGAUGCCGAGGGAUUCGAGAUUCCUAGCUUGAACACCACUACCACAGCGAGAACGGAGAAGGCUGUGGAGACUUUAAAGCCAACACUGCAGAAGCCGAUAAACACACAGGUGGAGAAUCUCUACCUGGGCCCUCACGGUGCAAAGCCUGGUCUAAGGCAGCCAUCGUCGCUCCAGGAGAACUUCGCGGGGGGGAAGAAGCAGCGUUUCAAGCAGAAGCUCAGGGAUGCCGACCACCGGAGCAAUGGGACGUUUGGACGGGAGAACAAGGUGGAAGUCAUUUGCGAUCUCGUUGGUGCCAAAUCCUCGCAAGUCAGGCCAGUGACAACACCAACACCCAGGAAAAGCUCCGGAGAGUGGCUGGAUCCUCACUGCCAGGAAUCGUUCUUCGAGAAAUCCAAGACCCGGGGCUGAAGAUCAUCCAAGAGAACCAUAGUUUCUUCUCGAUCAAAGAUAGCGUAGCUUAAAAACAAAGAAGCUUGUUCUUAUGGAUAAUACUACGUUUGUGUCUCUUGCCAUGGUGUCAUCCCCACCGGACACGUGGCGCGCUGGAUGCCGUCGCGUGGCAGCAUUUUAGCUUCCGGGCAUGUAGGUAUAAAAAGCUUCUUUCCAUUGCUUGAGAGAACCGCUCGCAGGGCUUUUGCAGGCGGGGAAGAACAUCCCUAGCAUUCUUCUCGCGGGAGAUUUUGCUCGUCAGCCAUGGAUUGUGGAGCUAAUGGAACGAAACGAAUCGUGGAUUUUCGAUCGGAUACCAUCACCAAGCCGACAGCGGCGAUGCGAGCCGCCAUGGCCAGCGCCGAGGUUGAUGACGACAUUGUCACGGUCGAUCCUACCAUGGACGAGCUCCAGAAGGAAAUGGCUAGAAUAUUUGGGAAAGAGGCCGCCUUGUUUGUUCCUUCCGGUACGAUGGGGAAUCUCAUCAGCGUCCUUGUUCACUGUGAGGCCCGUGCAAGCGAGGCCAUCAUCGGGUCUGAGAGCCACAUCAAUGUUUACGAGCAAGGUGGAAUGGCAACGCUGGGCGGUGUUUUCCCGAGCAUUGUUCCAAACAAUCCGGAUGGAACCAUGGACUUGAGGGCGGUCGAAAACGCUAUCAAGCCUUUGGACGACGAGCACUUUGCGACGACUCGCUUGAUUUGCAUCGAGAACACUCACAACCGAUGCGGUGGAAGAUGCGUCUCGGUUGAGUACACGGAUCAGGUUGGCCAGCUUGCCAAGAGAUAUGGAUUGAGACUACACGUAGACGGUGCCCGAAUUUUUAACGCAUCCACAGCUCUGGGGGUGUCUCCGGAAAGACUUGUUCGAGCAGCUGAUACUGUAUCGGUUUGCUUGUCAAAAGGAUUGGCUGCACCAGCGGGAAGUGUGAUUGUUGGAUCGCAUGAAUUCAUUGAGAAGGCUAAACGACUGCGAAAGGCUUUGGGUGGAGCUAUGAGACAAGUAGGAAUACUGGCUGCUCCUGGUCUGGUAGCGCUGAAAGACAUGGUUUGCAGAUUGUACGAAGAUCACUCCAAUGCUCGUCUAUUAGCAGAAGGAUUGUGUGGAAUGAAAGGCCUGCAGGUGGACAUGAGCGCAGUCGAGACAAACAUUGUAAAUGUGGACGUGACCAAGUCACGCUUCACAGCGGAAGAACUGUGCAGAGCUAUGGGAAAGAUUGGGAUUCUCUCGUAUGACCUGACCAAGACAAGUAUCCGACUGGUGACACAUUAUCACAUUUCGGAGGAUGAUGUACGCUACACGCUCGCUUGCUUUCAGCGUGUAUUGGCUGAUGAAAAUGGACGUCACGUUCCGUGAAUUGGCAUUUUGUCUCUAUGUCAUUUUUAAUUGUUUCCUUACUAAUUUAAACCAAAACUACAUCUGUAAA